AUUUCAUCUCACUGUCACACCAGCACCAGCAUCGAUCACACUCCAUUCCAGACGCGUCCAUAUGCUCUGAAAAAGCCUUACCACUAUAACCCAUUGAAGCAUCACGGUUCCAGCAGCAGCAAUAUCGACAGUGAAACCACAUUCACUGGAUGUCCCUCUGACCCGGCUAACUGGUGCGCGUCUGAGACUACUGCUCGCAAGUGUCGCGUCCUAGAACUGUGCCAGCUGCACGUCUGGCACGGCAAGUCAACGACGCCAAAUACCGAUAUAGCUGAGCCGGCACCAGUCUCGACGCCACAGCUACAGCACUCUUCCCGCCUUAGCACAAAUUGGCGUCUGUCCCAAGGCCGGCGGUGUAUCGAAGGCAUUUCUUAUUUCUGUUCUUCAUUAGAAGCUGCUCAAGAAUGUGAUUCACUCUCCUUCUGCCAAGAUAAUGUCUGGAAGUCCCAGAAGCCCGGCUCUUCCAGACAAACAUCCCUUUCCGAGCCAUUUGCCAGUCAUCUUGCUGACCAAACGACGACAUCUCUGCAGAAGUGCCAAUGGGGCCCAUCGUUCUGGUGCACUAACCAGAGCAAUGCUAUUCUCUGUGGAGCAGAGAAGUACUGCAGCCGUUUCGUGUGGUCCCUUGAUUCAAAACCCAUCUCUCAAACCCCGAGUGUUGACUCUGAGGUGAGCCCGGAUCCAUUGAAAGAGACGACCUCUAUACCCUUGAUGUCAUCUAAUCUGCAUUCUAUCAAAUUGGUAAAGAAACGCGGAGCUUUAGUAGGCUCAGAUCGAUGCACUUGGGGCCCCGCUUAUUGGUGUUCGUCAGUUCCGGCUGCCCGAAGCUGCGGUGGUGGCGCAUACAAACACUGCGUUGACCUUGUCUGGCUCAAGUCACCGGACGCCAAUUAUGUUGUCGGUCUUAACGAUGUCUAUUCACAAUUUUCUUCUGCCUCUCCGGCGGCAGCCUUUUUACGCAAUAUCUUGCUAGAGAAGGCGCUUUCGCCCAUUUGUAUAGUUCAAGUCCUACCGGAGCUGAUCCUUCAAUCCAUGUUUGAUCAUUCAGGACGGAAACGGCCCGGGCCUCUGGAGGAUUUGUGGUUAACAUGUCGAGCUUACACGCUGCACUGUCACGGUUCGACUCCCGCUGGAGGUGUCGAUAAGACCGAUGCGACGUCGAAACUGCAGACUACCUUGAAUGAGAACAACUUUCGUGAAAUCAAUGGAAACGUUCUUAAUGACAGCAUCCUGCAAGCUUCCAAGAAAGCUAGCCGAAUUAACGAGGAAAUGGUGCUUCAAGAAAACAUGCACAACUAA